CAUUCGAAAUCGGGGAUGGCGAAUGCACUGCAAGAAAUUGUGCCCAUCUGCAGGUUCUGCCUGUGCGAGGACGAACAGCGCCUCUGUCCGAUCACAGCAACCUUCAGUGCUUCACUUACGCACGCAGAUGUGGAACGAUUUACCGGAAUACAGAUAAACCCAGACGAGGACUUUGCGACGUACGCCAUCUGCCACGAGUGUGCAAACAGGCUGAGAACGGCUGCAGAAUUCCGAUGCAUCUGCUUAAGAAACGAUAUUAAAUUCCAGGAGCUGUUCAUGACGCUCAUUUACAGUGCAGAGCGCGCGUACUAUGAAGAUUGGGAGUGUGAAGAAUUAUCGGACAAUGAUGAGAAGCAGGAGACGGAGCAAUUGAGCGACCAUACAAUCGGAUUUGAAGAACUCACACUGGAGGGGUACAGUUAUGAUGAACAACAGCGCAGUCCAAUCAGCUCGCCAGAAUGGCAGGACGAUGAUGCAGAGUUGUACUCUGCGAACUAUAUUACGCCCGGCGAUCCGUACUAUUCGCUCACUGACGAAAGUCGGACAAAUACCCUCUUGCUAAGAUCGGCAAAACAGAGAGAAAGUACACGAAGUGGCGCCGAUCUGCUUGAAAACGUGCAGCCCAACGUUCGCCGACCGGGCAAGAGCAAGGGAAAGAAGCGGAAAAUCCUAGAUGCAUCGAUCGUUGAUCAGAGCCCGGGCUACUACAUUAAAAAGUACAAAGCGGGCCUCUGUGUGCGCCCGAAGACGCUCUGCGAAGUGUGCGGCGUGUUCGUGAUCGGGGUACGCCGGCAUCUGCUAAAUCAUCGGCAGGAGUCGCUGUACGGGUGCCCGCACUGUCCAGUGAAGAUGAAGCAGAAGAGCAACAUCAUGGCCCACAUCAACACGGUGCACUUUAAAACGGUCGGCAAAACGUGCGGCAUCUGCGGGAAGGGCUUCGUACACCACAAAACGUAUCGAUAUCAUAUGCUGACUCAUGAAUCCACUGGGAAAAGAUUUGAAUGCAAAGAUUGCAGCAAAACGUUCAGCAAUCAAUUCACGCAGAGAGAUCACUUCAAACGAUUUCACAGCUUUGAAUGCAAGUGAAAAUAACGUGUUUGGUUACACUAGUUAAGAUGAAAACAAUCCGGAGUCGACUCCGAUCCGACUCCGAUAAUUUCGAAGUCGACUUCGGAUGGUAGGUCCACCCAGUAUCAUCCGGAGUCGUUCGGAAUCUCUCGGAAUCGUCCGUAGUUGUCCGGAGUCGACCAGAGUCGUUGGGAGUUGGAGUCAUCCGGAGUCAUUUCGAGUCGUUUGGAAUUGUCCAGAGCCGUCGGAGUCGUUGGGAGUCGGCCAGAGUCGUUUGGAGUCAUUCAGAGUCGUUGGAGUCGUCCAGAGUCAUCCACAAUCGGUUGGAGUCGAAGUCAUCCAGAGUCGACCGGAGUCGUUCAAAGUCGUCCAAAAUCGGCCGGAGCAGGCCGGAUUCGAAUCGGAGUCGUGGGUGCGCUCCAAAGAGCACAUCACUUAGUUACGUAGAAAAAAAAU